GUCAUUCAAAAUCGGUCAUGGUAUCUAAACAUUGAAACACAUAGUCAAAGCAAUUAAUCGGUCGCGGUCUUGACACCCCUUUGCAAGAAGAAAAAAUAAACUCAUCUCUCAUUCACGGCCAAAGUGUCCACUGUGUAUUAACAGCUGUUUGGAUUUAUAGUGAGUGAAUAUUAUCUCUCUCAGUUCAUCGAAAUCAUUCAGUGUUCAUAUUCAUAACUCAAUUCAUGGUGUGUUUUUUUUUUAAUCCAACCGAACUUUGGAGUGUAAAAGAACGGAAGAAAGAAAUGAAAAUCAGCAUAAUUUUUCGAUCAGACACAUUCGAGGCGUGAAAUUAUCAUAAAAUACAUUAAUACUUGUUCCGUGAUCGUGUUAAAAUAUCGCACUCGACUCAAAUGAAAAAGAAAACCCAUUGCAUUUUAUGAUUAAUUCAUGAAAUUCAACACUAUCACAGUGAAAUAUCGCGUAGCCGUGAAUUGUUUUGAUCAAGAACCAGAAUACAAGACAGAAACGCAGCAAUACACAUAAAGCGUGAGAAAGAGACAGUCAAUCAAGUGAAACCGACAACGCGUGCAUUCGCGUGUUGCAUGUAAAGACACUCCGUUUGUAUAGCAAGUGCAGCAAAAGCAGCGAAGUGAAUGUCAUCGAUACUGAAAAUUCGUUCACCGGUGCAAAUGAGUGUGUUGCACUGAAAAUAAAUCGAAAGUGAAUUAUGAAAUGUGAAGUGCAUUUAAUGUGAAUUUCUUUUGAUUGUAUAUGUGUAUGUUGGUGUAUAUACGCGGUUAGGUUGUGUUAUGGAAGAAAAGCUCAUCAUCAGCUAAGCAGUAGCACACAGAAAAUACUGAAUUCCCGAUUGAGUGUGUGCCAUACGAAACGACGUCGCUCGUGUUCCAAUGUGUACGUGAUCCAAAAAGAUAGCGAUAAAGAAAUAUAUAUAUAUAUCGACAGCAAGUCAUAUGAAAAACACUUCCCAGAGUCUACAUAUAUCUCGAAUGGAAAAGUUUGUAUUAGACAGAGCGCGAGAAAGAACGAGGGGAAAGACUGUGCGCACAUAGUGGAUAUCGAACUCAUUUUUCUCGCGCUCAGCUACUAAACCGUUUGUUAUAAUUCGGGUGUUCUAUUCCCCAGGUUGUGUGUAUACAAACAACAUUGUGUGUGUUUUCUUUAUUUUUGCAUCGCAGCAAUCUUUUGUAAUGUUUAUGCGAGCACCGCGCCAGAUAUUCUCUCUUUCUCAUCCAUUAGAUUGGUGACGACAUAAUUGAAUUAUUUCCAUGCAAAUUUUGUCACUUUUCACACAGAAAAAAACGAAUACAUCACAGUAUCGAGCAAUAGUCUAGAGGUCGAACGACGCACAUCUAUCGCACAUCAUAAACAAAUCUCAACACAAAACAAACUCUCGCGGAAAACGACUGAAUUGCAAUAAUAAUUUCUUCUCUGCUGUAUUCCUGUGUAUAAUGCAUACAUAAUUGCACACGGGAACGUGAACUGUACUGUGUGGUCGCGCUGCUCUGCUUUACAAACGAAACAAAAGAAAUAUGAUUUGCUAGGAAGCGAAAUUGUGGAUUUUUUUUUUGCACGCUCGCUUGCGCUCGCUUUGUCGCACACCAACUAACUUGAGUAUUCUAUAAUAUGAGUGUAUGCGUAUAAGGUACGAUACAUGUACAUUAUUUGCUUAGCAAAAUUAUCAAUGUGUUUGCCAUUCACAACAACAACAGAGAAGAGACGAAACGAAGAAUGAAAACAACAACAGCAUAGAAUAGCCAUUGAAUCGAAGUGAAAAUCGACGUAUUCUUUCUCUCUAAUUGAAUUACACACCGAUCGAAAAUCAAUCAACUACAUAAUACAAACAAAUUGUCAGCACUGAACUGCAACUCUGCAUACGGAGACUGGAAGCCAGCAAGCAUAUAGGCCGCGCGCACGAAAUAAAACGAGAGCGAAUAAGAGAGAAUUGCUCUUGCAGAGCGAAUAGUUGUUUUUUUUAUGGUUGUUUCCCGUCAUUGACAUUACACUCUGAUGAAGUGAGUGCAUUUUGUGAUAUAAAUUAGAACCAUUAAGUGAUUUUGUGUUUGUGUGUGCUUUUUUUCGCGUGUGCUGAGGCCAAGAAACAAACAACGUUUAACGCACCCACGACAUCAAAUUAGUAUAAAAGUUUCGUCCGCAUAGGACCGAGAACAUCCAUAUAUCCGAUUCAUUAAAUUCAAUUAAUUUGUACUAAUUAACACCAUUCAAGUGGCAAGGAUAUCUACAAAUCAAUACAGUAAAACAAAACAACAAACAAUAAACAUUUCAUUUACGAACGAUAACAUUUCGCUUUUUAAACUAUUGUACUCAGAGCUAGGUGAUAUUUGGUCUUUUGUUCAAUUGAUUUUUUCUUUGGCUUAAAAUCAAGUAGCCAAGAUUUGGAGGCGAGAAAGAAAAAUUAGAAUUUUGUGAGUGACAAACAGUUGCAGUGCACGAGAGAGAUAUUCAAUAUCAACAUGGCUGAUUUAAGACGUAGAAAACCCGAUGACGAUAGUGGAAAACAGGUUGAUGACGAUAAUUUUAGUGCAUCCAAAGCGGGCGGUGAUGCAGCCAAUGGCAGCGAUGAUGAACAACCGCAUCAUAAAAAACCAAGUGGUUUAACUACAGCUGACUCCUCUGAUCAUGUUGACUCGGAGGAAGAACGACUGCCCGACGAGAAAUAUGUAAAAGAUUUGGCCAAAAAACUGCCACAGGGAACGGACAAAACGCCCGAAGUACUGGAAGAAGCGUUGAAGGGUCUACCAGACAAAUGGAAGAAUUACAUCAUUCGUGGAAUAUUCACGUUUAUCAUGAUAAUGGGAUUCUGUCUAAUCAUCUACGGUGGUCCCUUGGCACUAAUGAUAACGACACUUCUGGUGCAAGUAAAAUGCUUCGAAGAGAUCAUUUCGAUUGGAUACCAAGUGUAUCGCAUCCAUGGUUUGCCAUGGUUCCGAAGCCUUUCAUGGUAUUUCCUGCUCACGUCCAAUUACUUUUUCUACGGGGAAAAUCUAGUGGAUUACUAUAGUGUGGUGGUGAAUCGUGUUGAUACACUACGAUUUCUGGUCACCUAUCAUCGAUUCCUUUCGUUCACUCUGUACUGCAUUGGUUUCGUUUGGUUUGUGUUGUCGCUAGUCAAAAAAUACUAUAUGAAACAAUUCAGUUUGUUUGCAUGGACUCAUGUCGCCCUGUUGAUUGUCGUGACACAGAGCUAUUUAAUAAUCCAGAACAUAUUUGAAGGUUUGAUUUGGUUCAUUGUACCGGUGUCGAUGAUUGUGUGCAACGAUGUGAUGGCAUAUUUGUUUGGAUUUUUCUUCGGUCGUACGCCAUUGAUUAAGCUCAGCCCGAAGAAAACGUGGGAAGGAUUCAUUGGCGGUGGUUUUGCUACUGUCAUAUUUGGUGUCGUUUUCUCGUAUCUCCUGUGUCAAUAUCAAUUUUUCAUAUGCCCAAUUGAAUACAAUGAGGCGGCCGGCCGCAUGGGCAUGGAAUGUGAACCAAGCUACUUAUUCAGACCACAAGAGUACUCGUUGUCAAUGUUCAAAAUCAACAAAACACUUACCAUCUAUCCAUUCCUAUUGCACUCAUUGUCCAUGAGCGUAUUCAGUUCAGUGAUUGGACCAUUCGGUGGCUUCUUUGCUUCCGGAUUCAAACGAGCUUUCAAGAUCAAAGAUUUUGGUGAUAUGAUUCCAGGCCAUGGUGGUAUUAUGGAUCGAUUCGACUGUCAAUUUUUGAUGGCAACAUUUGUGAACGUUUACAUUUCCAGCUUUAUACGCACCGCUUCACCAGCAAAACUUCUGCAACAGAUCUACAAUUUGAAGCCGGAACAACAGCUUCAGCUCUACAAUUCACUUCGUGACUCUCUUCAAAAUCGAAGCAUCUUAGAUUAAAUUAAAUUGUAAACACUCAAAGUACCUAAGCUCUAACCCUAAAAAGCAGUCAACCAGAAAUGUGGAUUGAGUUCAUGGCCAGAAUUGGUUGACUAUCGAUGUCUUAGCAUGAAAUUAGAAGUUUAAUGAUGAAUUUCUAAAAGACUCAUAAAUUCAUAUUCACCAUCUCCCUGUGGUGUUCUUCUCCUUCUUCAGUUAAUUGUUUUCAUUUAAUGAAAUGGACAAAAAAAAAAAUGCGUAACAUAAAUGUUCUUUACAGCAAGAAUCCCAGUAGAUAAUGAAAAUGGAUGUUAGUUUUACUCCUCCCCCAAGGUUAUCAUUAUAAAUGUUAUGAGUAUGUUCCAUUUUGAUGUUCAGACUGUGUCAAACCGAACAAAACAACAACAACAACAAAAAGAGAAGAAAAAACAAAAACCAUAAAACAUUAACUCAUAGCACGUGAACAAGAACAUAUUUUGAGACAUACAAUCCAAAUAUCAAUCAAAUGGAGAAGAAAAACAACAAUCAAUUGAAACAUUCAGAGUAAAUCUGAAUAGACAUUUGAAUGAACUAAACAAAAUACACACACACAUACCUAUUUCUAGUCAUAUGCAAACCGAACUAAUGUUAAAUCUCUACUAUUUAUUAAAUGGAAAUAAUUGAGAAAGCAUAUUUAUAUUUAGCAAAACAAUAUGUAUUUAAUAUUAGAAGAAAAAAACAAACAAAGAAAACUUAAUUAAACUCAAGAAACAUCUGAAAAUAUUGUGUAACGGCUAAGAUGUGUUAAUCAAAAGAAAUGCAGGACAAAAAAACAUGAAAAUACGCCGAAUUGCAAUCCAAAUGAAUGUUUAUUCGAAAACACAUGAUACAUGAUACAUGAAGUUUAAAUGAUUAAAUGCGACGAAAAAGAACCCAAAUAAAUGUGCAACUGCAACCGUUAUCAUCGUCAAACAAUCAUUUGUCACGCGCUAUCUGCAGCAAAUGGAUUGAUUAAUUGAUGUAAUUAUCAUUUGAAUAUUCGUGUGUGGGUAUCGAAUUAAAUGUCUGGCACUGGAGUUGUGUGUACGCGCGGUAAAAUGUUUGUGAGCUUUGAAAAUUAGCAUAUAUUUGCAUACGAUAAUCGUUGUGAAAUAUCCAAAAUAAAUAGCAAACAAAUCUCCCGUUUCGACCUCAUGAAAAGCGAACAAAACACAACAAAACUUUUGCCGUAUUUCGUGCAUUUAACGGGAUUCCAGUGAUUCAAACAAACAAAAAAUACUGCAGAACAAACGUGUAAAUUUCCGCCAAAAAAGAGAAAUCGUUGCAAAAAUGUGUUGUUUGCCAACAAUGUGGGAACGUUGUUUUUUUAUACGAACUUAUUUUCUAUCCAACUAUGUAUUUAAUACAACAAGAACUAUUCGACUGAUGCACGCCGAUGCCAAAUUAGAAAUUCUUAUGGCAAAACAAAAACCAAAACAACCAAAUAAUCUAAAUUCGAAAAUCCCGACGAAAAACAAAAACACACACACAUAUUGUUAAUUUGUAUCGCUCCAUCAGAUUUUACAUUCAGAUUUUCCAAUGGACAAAAAUUGCCAAUCACCAAUUGAAAUGAUGUCCUUUUUUUGCUGGUUUCAUUUUAAGUAUACAUUUAAGUUUUCAAAAAUUUAAUAUAUAUAUUUUUUAGCAUUAAUUAACCAAAAAAGGAAAUUAAAAUAAACGAACACGUGAGGAACAAAUAAACACACACUCACACACACAGUCGGUUACCGCUAGUUAAAGAAACAACUUUCAAGUUAUGUUGAAAAUUAUAAACGUGUUUUGAAUUUGGAACAAAUGUGUAGCUAAUCAGUUUUAUUGGUAGGAAUAAUUUGUUUAUUUUUUUGUGUGUGUUAAUUGGAUGUAAAGAAACAUGUCAUUGAGCGGCUGAAAGAAGUGGUCGAUUGAAUAAGACGAACAAGAGAGAAUUCUCUCUUCAAGAAACAAAGUACGUAAAUGUAGUGAGUCCCCGCUAUUGAGGGCGGUAAAUGUGUACAUCAUCAAGAUCAUUGAUUCUCAAUACUUAAACAUCAAUGGUAGUCUUCGAUUGCCACACAUACACAUACGGACAUCAUUCAAUUAGUUCAUUCCAAUGGUGUGGAGAUCUUUGAAAAAGAUCACUCUCACCGCCUAUAUAACUACAGUCAGAAUAAGAUGGAAAACAACUAUAAAUGGUUUUUUUUUAGGUUUUGUUUUUCGCUUCUUUGGUUAGAUUUAAUUUUGUGUAAGCUUUAUUUAAAACAUUAAGCAAAAUAUUUAAGCGCGUCAACAAAUAUUUUGUGCAAUUUAAUAAAUUUUUAUUUCGUUAUACAGAUUUAAAUUCGCAUCUUUCUUUCAUUGAUCUCUUAUUACUUGAGUUGAUUUAUUCGAAUUGAAUAAUUUUUUCCUCUUUUUUCAUUGUGCGAAGCAUAAUCAAAAAUUUUGCUAGCGAAUUUUUGAUUUUAAAUGUUAUUUUCUUGACAUUUUGUCUUUAUAUUAAAUAUUAUUUAGCGAUUUCAUUGUUUUACAGAAGAGAUUUAUCUUGAAGUGUCAUUCAAGAGGUUGAUUUCAUUUGAAAUCAGUAUAAAUAAUUAUUCCGCCGCAUAACAAUAUUGGACAAUGUAACCAAUGAAUCCAGGUUCGAUGCGGUUGACCCGGAGUGCAACUUUCAAUAAAUCUUUCGAACAAAAUCUACUUCAGUCUAAUCCACAUCACUUCAGCUACUUCAUUGAAUUCCUUUCGUAGAGAAUGUUCAUUUAUUUAACAAACGAUAAAUCUUUAUACUUUAUAAAAAAAAUUCGGCUACUCUAAGAGGAACACAUACGAUAUUAAUCAAAAUUACUUGAAUUAUUUGCCAUAAAUUAUUAUCAUUCUACGUUACGCAUUGUAAAUUUAACACACAACAUAUUUUGAACAUUCAAAAAUAAAACAAAUGAUUAAAUGUCAUGUGAACCAACAAUUUGAUGCCCCUAUUUAUGAAUACAAACCAAUAAAUAUUCAAUACAAUUGUAUUAGAUUUGAUGACCCACAAUAAAAACAAAACAAAACAAAUCACAAGUUUCAA